AUGAGUGGUGUAGAUGAAGUAUCAUCCGCUUUUAAGCAUAUCAAUUUGUAUGAAAUUUUGGAGCCAGAAAGAGUUCACAACGUUCAAACUGCAAAAUUGAUUGAUAUAAACGAUGAUAAACUCGACUCUAAUCCGGAUUUAAUAGGAUCUUUCGUCGAUAAUGUGACAAAAAAAGAAUUUGACAUAUUGGAUGUAUUCGAAAAUAUAUAUGUAACUCCACAACACCUUCAACGUCAAAAUAAAAAUGAUUUGGAUUUUAAUAUGUUCAUUAAAGAAUCAAAAGGUGAAUUAGAUGUCGCAUCUCAUGUCGAAAGUACAAACAGACAAACAGACCGACAACAGGUAGAAUCAAAUAAAGUUCGUAGCUUGGAUGAGAUAUUUGAUAACAUUGUUUCUACAAGAUCUUUUCCAAAAUUAAACCGCUUGAAUGAAGCGGGAAUUGAUAAUCCUAAACAAGUAAAUGAAGAUUUAAUUGAUGAAUUCCUGCAAUCCAAACCGACUAUAAAGCUUGAAACAAUAAAAACACCUAUCCCAAGUACAUCAGUACAGGAAGAUGUACAAAAAACUGAGGGUACAGUCAAAAAUCAUGUAUUUGAAACUUUUAAAUUACAAAAUACAUCUCAAAAUGUCCAACCAGCUGUAGCUGGAAAAAGCAUGGUUAUUAACGAUUUGCCUGUUCUAGCUGUUGCAAAGAAAAUAAAUAACAAAAAUUUAACUCCACCGAAACCCAGAUUAGAAGAGAAUAGACUUUUACUCAAAAUCUAUCAAAAUGAGAUAAAAACUGCAUUAAUCGAUGAAAACAAAAUAAUUGCCUACAAACAAAACCCGCCAAUACCCAUGUUACAAACGGUUAAAGUUGAUAAAAAAGCUUUCGCAAAACGUAUCGUAAAAGGUGAUAGUGAGAAAGCAAGUUUCACUAAAGGUCCGGAUCUCUAUGAGAAAUCUCUUGUGCUACCACAGAUUAUGCAUCGUUUGAGAUUAAGGAAAGAGAUUAUAGAUGCAAAAACAAAUGUUCGAAGAAAAUUGAUCUUAGAUUGUCAGAGUAAUGCUAAUUCUGCGAGCUUCAACCGUAUGCCCGCGUUAGCGCCCGAAACGUUACUAGAAGACUGUAAUAAAAAAAGACUCGAAGCUAUUAAAAAGAGAAAGGCGUUUGAUGAGUUUAUUAAAGGAAAAAUC